AUGGCAGCCCGUGUCCAAGACCAGACGGCCGUAGCCGCGAACAACUUCUCCGCCCACCCCUUCACCUGCAACACCUGCCAGGUCGCGUUUCGCUCGUCGGACCUGCAACGGACACACAUGCAGUCCGACUGGCACCGAUACAAUCUCAAACGGCGCGUGGCAUCACUCCCGCCCCUUACCUCUGAGAUUUUCGCCGAGAAGGUGCUGGCCAACAAAGCUACAGCCGCCGCCACAGCCGCACGAGCCAGCUUUGAGCGGAGAUGUGACGCUUGUGACAAGACGUACUUCAGCGAGGGCGCCUAUGUCAAUCAUCUGGGCAGCCAGAAGCAUCGUCUACACGCAGCUAGACUCUCUGCCAGAGGUCGAGGCUUGGAUGGAGCCGAAACUGAUAGCAUGGCGGACUCCACUUUCACUCUGGGUGAAACACUCGAGAAUGUCAGCACUACCGCCAGCACCGCGAGUACAAUCAAUGGCGACGAUCAUGCGGAUGAAGAGGAGAGCGAUGAUGUUGAAGACGUCGCAGAUCGGCUGAAAGAGACUGGAAUUGGAGAGCAGUCCGGCAAGACACCAUCAUCGGCUCAGCAGCACGGUUCACAACCCGAGGACGAUGAUUACGAACACAAGGCAGACCUUGCUCAGUGCCUAUUCUGUAACUACAUAUCUCCGAGCCUCGACCUGAACGUCCACCACAUGUCUCGACAGCACAGCUUCUUCAUUCCCGAGAAGGACUAUCUCGUAGACCUAGCCGGCCUGAUCAAUUACCUAAGCGAGACUGUUACCGUCCUGCAUCAGUGUCUGCUAUGUCACAAGAAUCUGCAUACGACUCCUGGCGUACAGACCCACAUGCGCGACAGAGGCCAUUGCAUGAUUGCGUACAGCACCGAGGAAGAGCAAAUGGAUGUCGGCGAGUUCUAUGACUUCCGGUCAACGUACUCAGAUGAAGAUACCGCCGGUGAGGACGAGGAGGAGGGCGCUGGUGGUGUCAGUCUGGGUGCGAAGAGGGCCGUCAAGACCACGGUGGAGAACGGCAAGGGAGAAGAUGUGGACAUGGAUGAGGACGAUGAAGGAUGGGAGAGCGACAGUUCUCUCUCUUCGGUACCAACCGACGAGAUCACAUCAGUACCAGUUGACAAGGGCCAUAUGCACGAAAAGCUGGGACUACACCGACAUCACUCACAUACCGACCCUCGACUACACAAGAACAGUGACGGAUACCACUCCCACGCACACCACGGCUCUCAUGCAGUGUAUUAUGACGACUACGAAUUGCAUCUGCCAUCGGGCCGCACUGCAGGUCACCGAAGUCUGAACCGCUACUUCAGACAAAACCUCCGCAAUUAUCCUUCUGCCGAGGAGCGUGCUGAACAACGCAUGCUUGAGGAGGGCCACGAUUCUGAUGCUGACGACGAAGACACGGAAGAUACGCAGUCGACCAGCGAUCGUGCGCCACGUGGCCGACAAGUCAUGAGCCGAGCGAACGGUGGCAUGGGCAUGAUUGGUGUUAGUGACGCGAAGAAGCGUGAGGUCAGAGCAGUGGAGAAACGCGACCUGAAGAAGCAGCAGAGGGCGGAGAACAGGUACCAGGCCGGCAAUGAGAGGCGCGGCAACUUCCAGAAGCACUUCCGCGACCAUCUCCUGCAGUAG